AUGUUCACGAGUGAGGGACGGAUCGGUGCGGUUAUGUUCACGAACCCAGCACGUCCUGAGGGGAACAUCCUGCUCUUUCCCUGGGUCGCUCAAGUGGACCAUUCACGGCGGUCCCGGCCCAAAGGGAGGGGGUGUUUUUGGAGCUAA